CUUUGCACGCAAAGCAGAUUAAAGUGGUUUUCUGAGUCCUUCGACGAAGACUCAAGUGGUGAAGCUUUUCGAACGAAUUUUCUGGGAAAUAUACGCAUGUAUAUAUCUAUGUAUAUAUAUAACACGCUUUACUCUAUUGUUUGUCCUUGGUAAUAAGAGUGUGUAUACUGUUUAAUAAUUGACUUUGAUUCAACGCGGUUACGAGGGUAACGAAGACUCAAGGGUGAAGAUUGCUCAUACAUACAUACAUACAUACAUAUAUAUAUAUAUAUAUUGCUGUGUUAUGUACUCUAUACUUGUAUAUGCACAUCAGAGUGUGGAGAGAGAGGAGAGUUCUAAAGAGAGAAAAGAUGGGAGCAGAGACCAGCAGAAAUCAAUGUCCUGCGACGGAUAUCAACGCAUUGCCGGAGAAUUGCAUAGCGAACGUGUUGUCUCUGACGUCUCCUCUGGAGACUCUCGGGCUUUCGUUGGUGUCAUCCACUUUCCGGUCGGCUGCGAAAUCCGACCCAGUUUGGGAGAGAUUUCUGCCAUCAGAUUAUCAGGACAUCAUUUCUCGAGCGUUCGAUUCUUCUCAGCCUGUUUUCACAUCCAAGAAAGAGCUCUAUCGCUACCUCUCCACACAUCACCUCAUCAUCGACGGUGGCUCCAAGAGUUUUACAUUGGAUAAACGGAGUGGGAAGAAAUGUUUCAUGUUAGCUGCAAGAUGCCUCACAAUUAUUGGGAGUGAUACACCUAUGUGUUGGACAUGGAGUUCUCUAACCGAGUCCAGAUUCACUGAGGUGGCAGAGCUUGUCAAUGAACGUUUGCUUGAAAUUCGUGGGAAGAUAAGUACUCAGCUGCUAUCGCCAGACACAACCUAUGCAGCUUACCUUGUGUACAACUGGACGACAGAAGCAUAUGGAUUUGAAACCCAUCCGGUAGAGAGUUGGGUACGACUUAGUGGAAGUGAAGGAGAAUUAAGGAGUUUUUGUCUGUCCGCUAAUGGACGGCAGACGCGUAGUACUCGAACCCGUACUUUACCAGGGCGAAUGGUUUUUAACGGCAGCACUACUAUGCGGAGACCAAAAGUUGCUGUGGCAGGAGAAAGCAAUGAUCAAUAUCCGAAGCAGAGAGGGGAUGGGUGGAUGGAGAUGGAGUUGGGUAAGUAUCUCAACAAGGGCGGAGAAGAUGGGGAACUAGAAAUAUGUUUGCAAGAAGUGAAUGGCGGACACAUGAAAAGUGGCCUCAUUCUUCAAGGAAUCGAAAUCAGACCAAAGAAUAAUAGUAAAUGAAUGAAUGAAAGAAUGUCUAUGUUUUUUUGCUGUUGGAUCGAACUCAGGGUCCACGAUGCGUUUUGCAGCAUUCUUGUUCAGUUAUGAGGUUUGAAUAGCAGAUAAUUUGAGCUAUGUUUGAGAUUGUAUGAACCAUUAUUCCUCAAUGUUGCAAUCAUAAUUCCACUAUUCAUGUUUGAAACUUUUCUUUUGAAUUCAUUGAUAUUUUAUUGUUUA